AUGGCCCCCCAGCAAGAUCAUGACUUCAAACUCACCACCGACGCUGAACGCCAGGAUGAGGCCAAGUCAAUCCAUGAAGGUACACAGAUUACCCAUGCAGCUUCUGGAGAUCUCAACCGAUCUCUGGCACAGCGCCACUUGACGAUGAUGGCCAUCGGAGGUGUCAUAGGGCCGGGUUAUUUUAUGGGCAUGGGAACUGGGCUCUCGACUGCCGGACCUGCCGGGCUGCUAAUUUGCUUCGCGGUGCUAGGCUGUCUUCUCUGGACGGUCAUGCAGUCGCUGGGUGAACUGGCCUCUUACAUUGCAGUUUCGGGCUCGUUCACGCAUUACAGCACUAGGUUUAUUGACCCGGCAUGGGGAUUUGCUCUGGGCUGGAACUACUUCUUCCUCUGGUGCGGGAUUAUAAUGGCGGAAUACAAUAACCUCGGCCUUGUUUUGACGUACUGGGAAACCGACAUGCCGCGUUGGGGAUGGACGCUCGUAUUUUGGGCAAUAUUCAUGUCCUUCGCUCUCCUCGGCGUCUGGGCGUUUGGAGAAGCUGAAUUCUGGCUUGCCUUGAUCAAAGUUAUUGCCAUAGCAGCGUUCUUCAUCUGCGCAAUUCUGAUAUCCACGGGCGUCAUCGGCAACCGCAAAAUUGGGUUCCGCUACUACCACGAUCCUGGCCCCUUCGCAACCGGCGUCAAGGGCGUUUUCCAGAUCUUUGUUUUCGCAGCCUUGCAACACAGCGGAACCGAAAUGAUCGGCCUCACAGCUGGCGAGUCUGCCAACCCUGGUAGGGACAUCCCCAAGGCUGUGCGAAGUGUCAUCUGGCGUAUCUUGGUUAUCUUCAUUGGGGGGAUCUUCUUUCUGACCAUCACGGUUGCCUCGAAUGACCCGGACCUUUUGAGCCGCACGUCCAAGACAGCCAGCUCUCCCUUUGUCAUUGCGUUUGUGCGAGCAGGCGCAGUAGCGGGAGCUGAUGCCGUUAAUGCCAUCAUCCUUGUCUCCAUAUUCUCGGCCGUCAACAGCGCGUUGUAUGUCGGGUCCAGGACGCUGUACGGGCUUGCAAAAGAAGGUGCUGCGCCGCGGAUCUUCUUGUAUACGAUGCGCAAUGGCGUGCCAAUUGUUGCCCUGCUGACUUUCCACGUGGUGGGAUUCCUUUCCCUCCUGAAUCUAUCCUCCGGUGCGGGCAAGGUGUACACAUGGGUGACUUCGAUGACCGGCGUCGCGACCUUUAUCACCUGGUCCUCAAUCUGCCUCUGCCACAUCCGAUUCCGCAAAGCCUUCCGCCUCCAGAACAUUCCCACCUCGACACUCCCCUACAAAGCUGCGUUCUGGCCAUGGGGCGCGUAUACCGGGUUCGGAGUGUCCGUCUUCUUCGUCUUCUUCCAGGGCUGGACGGCGUUUGCGCCCUGGAAUGUCGAGGACUUCUUCAUGAACUACAUUAUUGUUCUUGUCUUUGGGCUGUUGUUUGGCUCGUGGAAGGUAUGGCAUCGGACGACGUGGGUUAGACUCGAGGCCGCGGAUCUGAGGAGUGGCAGGAGGGGGUGGUUGAUGUGA